AUGGCAUCCGCCAAGCGUGAGGCGCUCUCUGCAUGCACGUCAGUGGAAUCCAUGGGUAGUGCGAUGGCUUCAAUGCCGUACUACCUAUCCAAGGGGACCAAUGAGCUUGUGGCUUCCUCAGUUGAUGAGGCUGUUUCUGCCCUAAAGUCCGUGUUGUUGUUGACUAUCACGGGCGUUGGGGAGAUCCUCUGGUUUGUCAUUAAUAUGAUGUACUCCACCUACGCCUGUCUCAUUACAAUGGCCGUCCGCGGCACAGUAGGGGCCGGCAUCGAAUUGGUCAAAGAGGCUACUGAAUGGAUCAACAAAACCCUCCAGACAAUCAGUGGCGAGAUUGAGAGUACGGUCGAUGAAUAUAAAGACGAAUUGAACUCAUUCCUCGAGACAAUCAACAAAGUGGCCAGUGUGUUCUCGGACGAUCCUAGCCCAAUCAAUCUCAACAGCUCGAUCAGUGCACUGGAGAAUCUGUCUCUUCCGUCGUCGGUCAACCACACGGUCGAAGAGCUGGACAGCGUCGUCCUUCCCAACUUCAAAGAAAUCCAGAAUUACACCAAGACCCUCUUUCAAACACCCUUUCAAGAAGUCAAGGACUUGGUCAACGGCACUUUGGGCGCUUACAGCUUCGAUCGGUCUGCUCUCCCGGUCCCUGCCAAGAAACAGUUGGCCUUCUGCAACGACAACAAAGGCAUCAACGAUUUCUUUAACGGGGUCACCGAGUUAGCACUAAAGGCACGCAAAAUAUUCAUUGCUGUCCUCGUUGUGGCUGCCAUAUUGGUGUGCAUUCCAAUCGCAUGGCAGGAAAUCCGCCGAUGGCGCUCAAUGAAAGAGCGCUCCCAGCUGGUUCGCAAGGAAGCCCAUGAUCCAAUGGAUGUUGUGUACAUUGUCUCUCGGCCAUACACCGCGGCUGCGGGUAUCAAGGCAGCAAGUCACUUCAGUAACAGCCGCCGACAGAUCCUCGUGCGAUGGGCCAUUGCCUAUGCAACAUCCAUCCCUGCUCUUUUCGUGCUGGCUCUUGCACUGGCAGCACUAUUCUCUUGUCUGUGCCAAUACCUGCUCCUGCACUCGGUGAAGCAAACAGUCCCAGCAUUGAGUGCCGAGGUGGGAGAAUUCGCAGACAAGGUCGUUGACUCACUAGAGAGUGCCUCGACAGAUUGGGCUACCGACGCCAACAAGGCCAUCAUGGAUCUCGACACCGACCUAAACCACAACGUCUUCGGCUGGGUCAACAGCAGCACGCAAGCCAUAAACGGGACUCUAAACUUCUUCAUCUACAACACAUCCAGCGUACUAAACGAGACCUUCAAAGGUACUCUGUUACAAGAGCCCGUCUACGAACUAUACGAGUGCCUCAUCGGCCUCAAAGCAGAGGCACUCCAAAAGGGUCUGAACUGGGUAGCUGAGCACGCACAUAUCUCGCUCCCCACCCUUCCAAACGACACAUUCUCCGCCGGCGCCUCCUCCAGCAUCAACGACAGCUCCAACCCCUCUGAUAGUUUCCUCGCCGAUGCAGGCGACCAAACAGCCAACAAAAUCACCGAGGUCGUCAUGACCGUGAUCAACAAGCUCGAAGAAGCCGUACGAAUGGAAGCCAUUAUUGCCACUGUCAUCCUCCUUCUCUGGGUGUUCAUCGCCUUGAUUGGUAUCACUCGCGCCAUGAUGCUUUUCUGGAGCCGCGACAAGCACCGCGGCGAGGGGGGGUCGGGGUCAUGUCCUGGAUCCCGUGCCCGAUGGCGGGCCACCGUCCCAAGAUCCGAAUGGCUUUACUGA